AUGUUGCGCCUAAGUCCUACCGUCAUUCGCGUCACCCUCUCAGAGGUCAAGCAAUAUGAACGUCAGCGCAAGGCCUAUGACCGCGGCGGUCGAGGUAAAAACAACGUUACGAGUCUGCAAUCAUCUAUGAGUAGCCUACGUCGCGUUUCGCUGCCACUCCGCUUCUUGCCAGGCGAUAUUCUGCCCGACCAGGAGGGCACCGAGACACAACUCAGUCCAACCGACCUCAACCAGGCCAAUGAUGACGAUAAUAUUAUUGUCGAGGAUAGUGACAAGAUGGACACAUCCUCCAGUAAUGACGAAGAUGAAGAAGAUUAUGGAAACGAGACGAUGGAAGAUACCUACGAGGACCUGAUACCGGGCCUAAACACCCCGAGGUUGCCGCUCCCUCUGCCUUUCUCCGCGACAGCAAGAGUAACAACAUCAACGAACCACCCUGGAACUAUCGUUCAGCUACCGAGGGGCUUGCGACAAAGCGAACCAAGACGCACUGCACGUUUCCCACCGGAACUACUAUUGCCACGACCAACCGCUGUCGUCUCUGGAUAUAACAGUCCAUCAGUGAUGCAGACUUCGCGACAAGCACCAGUUCACACUGACGAUGUGAUGAACAACACAUGGCAGCCACAGACGCCCAGCAAUCUGACCGAAGUUGAGCACCACGGACGGCUGCAGCCGCCGUCUCCGCCGAGUAUACCAGAUCCUCCCACGAGGUCACCUCGACAUGGUGAGAGAGAAAACAUUCCCGUUGAAGGGUCCAGUCCCCCCGGGUCACCAGGCGGAUCGGCGGCACUGUAGACUUGGAAGGGACAGGCCCAGACGGGAUGACCAUACGGCGUCUUACGGACCAUCGCCAGGAUGGACCAGACGAGGUACAGAACUUGGAAGAGUAGAAGAGGGAGGGGUGAUGAGAGCACGGGGCUCCUUGCGUAGUCGCUCAAGGCUGUCUGUCAGAUAUCAAUAUUUACACCGGUAGGUUAUCGUGUCGGUAGGGAGACCUUACUGGAGGGGUCAGUUGGACGAAAAAAGGUCGACCAGCAUUAUAGAGAAGAGAGUGUAAUCCGACGAGCAGUACAACAAGGCGUUUGCAGUAUAAUUACAUUAGCUGAAGCGGCUGCUC